AUGGCGCCGACCGGUGAAGCUGUAGACAAAAUGACGCAAGUGAAACGAAAGCGGAAAGCCGUGCGAAGUAAUGUUUCUUGCUUUUCUACUGAAAUUGAUACUUUGAACGACGAUUUCUCAAUUGAGAAAGUUAAAUAUAUUUGUAAUCGCUUAACAACUACUUUAAAUGAUAUGAAACUAAUAGAUAACGAAAUUCACAACUUCCUUUCUGACGAUGAAUAUGAAAGUGAUAAUUUGCAGUGUGAAAACUACAUAGAUACUGGUGAAUCCGCGAUUUUCAAAGCACGAAAAAUUAUUCAAAAUAAAUUAUCGCCAACUGCAAAUAAUGUUACUGCUUCGAAUAUGGCUACCAAUGAUUUAUCGAUGACAUUUGGCGACCCUCCUACUACAGUGCCUAUGACUCAACUAUAUACAGUUAAAUUGCCAACAAUUAAACUACAAUCAUUUACAGGAGAAAUUGAACACUGGCAAUGUUUUUGGGAACAGUUUAAAUCUUCUAUAGAUGCCAAUCCACAUCUUUCUGUUAUUGAUAAACAUGUUUUCCUCAGAGGUUAUUUAGAUGGUGAAGCUAAAAGCCUUGUUGAUGGAAUUAGUGUAAUAGGAGACACCUAUGAAACAACAAAAAAAUUGUUGGAGGAAAGAUACGGAAAUAAAGAUCGAAUUAUCCAAUCACACUUAGAUUACUUAGAACAUUUAAAUGUUAUUCAAGACCCAUCUCCUACGCAUCUAAAUGAUCUUUACAUAGAAUGUAACAGAAGAAUUCAAGCUUUAAGUGCUCUGGGUGAAAAUAUUGAAGCAUACGGUAGAAUCCUAGUGCCAAAAAUUAUUCUUGCAUUCCCCAAUGAUAUUUGUUGCCGCUGGAUUAUCUAUGCCAAGCGCGAAAAACUAAACGAAGGACAUUGGCCUCAAUAUUGUGAAACUGUUACAAACUAUGAUACUCGUGUUCAGAAACUUAAAACUUCAAAUCGCUGCUUUCUGUGUACUAACCGUGGUCAUAGAGUUUCAAACUGCCCAAGGAAAAAUACUGCACGGUGCACUAAAUGCAAGAAAAGGCAUCAUGUUUCUAUUUGUCCUCCUGUUGAAAACAAUCAACUGCAGAUAACUAACAGUGCUGUAAAUCACAUAACCUUUCCUAAAACAAUUUUCACACAUUUGCAAACUGCUCGUGUGUAUGUUACUGGCCCCACAGGCCAUUUACGCUGCAUUUUAGAUGGUGGUAGCCAAGCAGGUUUUGUUCACACAAACCUCAUUGAAAAGCUUAAGCUUAAAGUUGUCAGUUCUGCCUCACUUUCAGUUCAAGCAUUUGAAUCUUUCACUUCACAAGAACAACGUAGAUGUGUUCAACUGUCACUUUCAAGUUUGUGGAGCAACCAAGCAUUUUUGAUCUCCGCAUUUAAAAGCUCCAAUUCCUAUACUACACGUCCUACUGCACCACCAGAAAUAGUUCACUUUGCUCAGAAGAAAAGAUUGAGAAUUGCUGAUCCACCGGAUGACUCUUCAUUGCCCAUAGAAAUACUUAUUGGUGGUGAUCAUUAUUGGCAAAUUGUUUCCGCAGAAGCUCAAAUCAAGCUUUCAGAAUCUUUUGUUAUGGUACCGUCAGUGUUUGGAUGGGUUCUUAGCGGAACAAGAACACAUACUACAAUCGCUGAGAAGACUUCUGUCCAUCACGUUUGUGUGCAAGUUAAAACUGAUUGUUUAAAUUUAUCAGGUACGCCGCUUCUGGGAAUUAGACUCCAUAGGGAUACAAGAAGCGCAGAAACGAAAAAUGACUACUCGAGAUGA